ACGUGAUUUUGACGUUUGGUUUAUAGGUUAGGUAUAAUUUGUGUGUAGGAUAAUAGCUUGGAUAAUAGUAUUUCAUAAAAAUAAAGAAGACCACAAAAUGGAUAUAGAUAAUGACUUACCUAUAAGUGUGCAAGCUAGGUUUAAGUCUGACACCGGAGAAGAAACCGGCAGUCCAUUAGAUUUACCUUUAAAUGUUACUAAAGAACAACUAACACUUAUUUGCAAUGCCUUAUUAAAAGAGGAAGACAAACCAUUUUUAUUUUUCGUCAAAGAUGUUGAAAUUACAUCAACCCUCAAAGACACCCUAGAUGUUGAUAAGUUAAACUCCGAAGAGGUGGUAGAAAUCAUAUAUCAACAGCAGGCUGUGUUUAAAGUCAGACCUGUUACUCGUUGUACAAGCUCUAUACCAGGUCAUGCCGAAGCUGUAAUAUCAACAAGCUUUAGCCCAUCAGGGAAAUAUUUAGCCAGUGGAUCAGGAGACACAACUGUCAGAUUUUGGGAUUUACAAACACAGACUCCACUGCAUGUUUGUAAAGGCCACACAAACUGGGUACUUUGCAUAUCCUGGUCUCCAGAUAACUCCAAACUGGCAUCAGCUUGCAAACAAGGAAGAAUCAUGCUAUGGGAUCCUGUAUCUGGUAACCAGAUUGGCAAAACUAUGAUAGGUCAUAAACAAUGGGUUACUGCACUUGCUUGGGAACCUUAUAUCAAGAAUCCAGAAUGCCGCAAGCUAGCCAGUUCUUCCAAAGAUGGGGAUGUAAGGAUAUGGGAUACAGUGACCGGACACACCAUACAAAGCCUGACUGGACAUACUAAAGCAGUGACCUGUGUCAAGUGGGGUGGCACUGGUCUCAUUUAUACUGCUUCACAAGACAGAACCAUAAAGGUGUGGAGAUCUGAAGAUGGUAUAUUAUGUAGAACACUGGAAGGCCAUGCACACUGGGUCAACACGUUGGCACUAAGCACAGAUUAUAUCUUAAGAACUGGACCUUUUCACCCCAUCCUAGACAGGCUUGACUAUACAAAUGAUAAGAAAGUGUUACAGCAGCGGGCUCUAGAAAGGUACGAGCAAACAUGCCCAAAGGGUGAAGAGCGACUGGUGAGCGGUUCAGACGACUUCACGUUAUUCCUGUGGCUGCCAGAGAAAGAGAAGCGGCCCCUCGCUCGUAUGACCGGGCAUCAGCAGCUGAUCAAUGAUGUCAAGUUCUCACCUGAUACAAGGUUCAUAGCUUCUGCAUCUUUCGACAAGUCAGUAAAGUUAUGGGAGUCCACAACGGGAAAAUUUAUUACAACUUUAAGAGGACACGUGCAGGCAGUGUACAUGUUAGCUUGGUCAGCUGACUCCAGACUAUUGCUCAGUUCUAGCGCAGAUUCAACACUAAAAGUGUGGAAUAUGAAAACAAAGAAGCUUGAGCUGGAUUUGCCGGGACAUGCUGACGAGGUGUAUGCUGUUGAUUGGUCACCCAACGGUACACAUGUGGCUUCAGGGGGAAAAGACAAAGUUUUGAAACUGUGGCAGCACUAGAAGAUAAGAUGAACCAGAUUGUUAUCAAUUGCUUUAUUGUGCAAAAUAAAAACAUACUACAUAAUUAAAAAACACAGUUUUAAAUAAAGGCUAUUUUAUUUUAA